CUCGGAACUUGCAUCAAUAUCUGAUAGACUGUGUUUGCUUUGGACAUCUACGCGCGAUCGUAUUAUUCGAAAAUAUAACUUUCCAUUGAAGAAUUACCAUCGUUAUGGACUGCAGUUUCAUAUCAAGAAUAAUUACUCACAGCUCUUCCUAUGUAUUUUACUUACUGGUGAUGUUGCCAUCAAUCCUGGACCGACCAUAACUUCAAAUCGGAUAUUUGAUUUAAAAUCGAACCCAUUAAACGCUCUCUACCUUAACGCAAGAAGUUUAAAAGCCUUCGUUCCCUCAGAUAACGAUCACUUGUCUAAAGUAUGUAAGAUUACAUUACUACAACAUCUGGUCUACAGUGGAACAUAUGACUUUAUCUGUAUCUGUGAAACAUGGCUUAAUGAAACUGUUCUCAGUAGUAAAUUGUUACGUGGAUACUCUAUUUUCCGUCGUGACAGAGUGGGAAAGAUUGGUGGCGGUGUGCUUGUUGCGGUAAAAAGUAAUAUACAUGCUACUCGUCGAAUGGAUCUUGAAAGAGAAAAUGUGGAACUUGUUGUCGUAGAAUUUGCCGCGGAAAGCAACAAAACAGCUCUCCUGUAUACCUUUUAUCGUCCUCCUAAUUCCUGCCCUGAUGUAAUACAACAUCUAAAUGCAUCGCUUCAAAGUAAUCCUGAAUCUAGCUGCAUUAUCUUGAUAGGAGACUUUAAUCUUCCAGCAAUUGACUGGUCUCUCGAUCAACCAACGCCUGCAACUAAUGGAGGUCAACUUGAAGAGUCAUUUUGUGAUUUGGUAGCCGAUAGUUUCCUACAACAAUUCAUCUCUGGCUCCACGCACAUUGAUGGUAACAAGCUUGAUCUGCUGCUCUGUAACUGUCCUGAGAUUAUAAAAAACGUAUCAUCACUUCCACCCGAACAAUUAACUUUUCCAACCGAUCAUAACAUCAUCGAAUUCGAGGUCCAACAUUCGUUUCGUCGUGCUAACCCAGUAACACGCACUGUCUUCGAUUAUAAGCGGGGAAAUUUUGAUGAGCUCCGCAGUUACUUAACACGCAAGCCCUGUGAAACUAUUUCAUCUGAUGAUAUUAACGAGUGCUGGUCACAAUGGAAAGAAUGGUUCCUAAACGCUGUUCAGAAAUAUAUCCCUGUUAAAAAAGUUAAGGACAAAAACUCGCCUCCCUGGAUUGACGGAGAAGUAAGAUACCAUAUUCGAAAGAAAUAUGCUGCCCUGAAGAAAUAUAGGAAAACUCGAACUGACUAUCGUAAGCGAAAGCUGCGUGAAAUAAGUCAAACUAUCAAAUAUCUAGUUCGAACGAAACAUCGUGACUACUUACUUAAGAUUAAAGAGUCUUUCCGCAGCAACCCGAAACUGUUCUGGAGCUAUCAUAAAGCUGUUUUUCAUCACCGGUCAACUCAAAACGCUGUCAUUUCACAUAACGGCAUUGUGGCAAAAACACCUACUGAGAAAGCCGAACUUUUUAACUCCUACUUCUCGUCAGUUUUCCAACCUUCAACGACUAAUCAAGCUACUAACUCCCGCAAUUCUCGACUACCAACCGAUUCACAACUAAGUGAGAUCACGCUCGAUGUCGAAGAAGUUGUAAGCAGUCUGUUGAAUCUCAAUGUCUCAAAAGCUAGUGGCCCUGAUGGAAUUCCUGCCCGCCUUCUGAAAGAAUGUAGUCAUCAAAUCGCUCCAAGCCUUUGCACUCUUUACAACCAUUCACUAAGAUCUGGACAUAUUCCUUCUGAGUGGAAAUCAGCAGAUGUUACUCCAGUGCACAAGAAGAAUUCCAAAGAACCAGCUGUGAACUACAGACCAAUCUCGCUAUUGCCCAUCAUUAGUAAGACCUUAGAACGGUGCAUUUACUGGAGAUUUUAUGACCAUGUUGUGAACCUUAUCAGUCCAUCUCAAUACGGUUUUCUGAGAAGUCGCUCGUGUGUCACCCAACUCCUGUCAGCUUUCCACUCUAUCGGGCAAGAUCUAGAUAAGAAUACUCAGACUGAUGUCUUGUACCUGGACUUCGCCAAAGCGUUUGACUCCGUUGACCGUAAUAUCUUGCUGGAUAAGCUGCGUUCGUACGGCGUGACAGGAUCUGUUCUUGAUUGGUUCGCUGACUAUUUAAACGGUAGGACUCAGAGAGUUGUUGUGGAUGGAGUAGCUUCUGCAUGGUCAUCAGUCACUUCAGGUGUGCCUCAGGGAAGCAUUCUUGGACCAGUUUUGUUCAUUAUAUUCAUUAACGAUCUCCCAGACAUCAUACAUAACGGAACUGAAAUUGCCCUGUUCGCGGACGAUACGAAAAUUCACAGACAUAUUAUCUCGACUCGCGACUGUGAAAGCUUACAACAUUCAUUGGUCAAGUUACAUCUGUGGAGUAUGAAAAACAAUCUCUUCUUCAAUGCCUCUAAGUGUAAAGUCCUCACCGUCACACAAAAGAAAACGCCUAUCAUCUACGAAUACACCCUUGGGACCGAAAAGCUAACUUGGGUUGACCAUGAAAAGGACCUUGGUAUUACGACUACUACAAAACUCUCAUGGAAACUACACAUAAACACCAUUGUUGCGAAGGCCAACAAAAUGUUAGGUAUACCGGGUGUCCCAAAAAAAAGUACUCCGGUUUGAUUCGUAAUAACUUCUAAACAAGUAAAGCUUUUAAUGAGGAAUAACUUGCAUCAAAUAGAGGAAUGACUAACUUAGAUUUUGAUAUAUUACAGUUGUAUUUCACUAAAAAAUUCAAAGAGAUAUUAAUGUUUAAAAUCGGGAGCAUAUUUCUGGAUGUGUCUGAAAUAUGCAAAAAACGGCGUAUCAAAUAUUAAUCAAGAUUUGCCCGACUGAAACAUGCACUAUUACCAGUAAAUAAAUGACACUUGACAAAUCGUUUAUUAUGAAACAAAGUAUUAUUAUCUACAAAAUAAAAGCAAGAUUUAUUCGUCCGAAAUCCGCAUGUGUUCCCAGCACGAAUACGUAGUUUCCUUAUUUCAUGAGACCACUGCAUCGCGAAGGAUCGUCAUGGAUCGUUCGUAGUUCUGAAUUAGGGCAUGCUGUCACAAUGGAAUUGUGAAUUUUCUAACUUCACAUUGAAUGAAUUUUCUAACUUCUGCAACGUUCUGAAAUCUUGUUAAGAACACCCAAACUCUUUUGCCUUUCUUAAUCUUGGCAAUCUCAGAAUAAACUGAGAAUGAAACACGAUCAAACCAUACAACUCCAUAAUUAAAGACAUAACAAGCAACUCCCCAGAGACAUCCAACAUUUUUGGAACAAAACGUAACAAAAUAGUAGCGUUGAUACUGUGAUGUGUAUUUGCAAAAAGCAAUAUUAUUUCCUUCAUUAAAUAAUAAUAUUCAUCCAGACAAAAAACUGCUCUAAUCGAGAAAUAAUCAACUUUGUUUAGAACCCAUGUAAAACAUAAAAAAAUUAGGCUAUUUAAGAAAAAUUUAAGCGCCUGCCUUCAAGGUCUUUCAUGUACCUUUAAGUUUGCAAAGCCAAAGACCUAUUAAAUACUUUCAUAAUUUUGAACGUUCAUAUUUCAGGAAAUAAUGAGCUAAGACUUACAUGUAAGAUGUCUUAAUCUAUGCCAUAUCCCUUACAAACCCUAACGACAAUUCGCUGAAAUACCAGUUUGCCUGAUAUGUCAUUAAGCAAACAAACGCUGGAGUUAAUAUUUGAUAUGCCGAUUUUCGUUAAUUUUAGACACAUACCAAAAUAUGCUCCCGAUUUUGAACAUUAAUAUCUCCGUGAAUUUUUAAGCAAAAUACAACUGUAAUAUAUCAAAAUCUAAUUUAGUCCUUCCUGUAUUUAAUGCAAGUUAUUUCUGUUUGAUAGCUUUACUUGUUUAGAAGUUAUUAUAAAUCAAACCGGAGUACUUUUUUUUGGGACACCCGGUAUUGUUAACUGAUCUGAAAGAGUUCAGUAUUCUUAUUUUAUAAAAAUCACAUAUGUAUGGAAAAUUAUUGAGGGGCUAAAAACCCCCAGCCCGGGGCAGCCCCCUGUUCAGCAGUUCCUGAUAUUACUUCCAGAAAAUUUUGAACUUCUAGACUCUAGAAGAUACAUUUUCCAGCCGCAUUUGUUUUUGAGACACAAAAGAUCAUAUUUAAAUGUCUAAAACACUGUUAAAUUUAUGUUCUUAUAAUUAAUGCCUAUAACAAAACGUCCAAUAACAAUAGCGACAACAUCUCCGCUGGCUUUCGUUGUCGUUUUCCCGCCAUUUUGUUUUUGUUCUUGGAGACGAAUGUGACAUCUUACAUAAAGUACAACCUGUUAGAAACCGCCACCAAGAAAACCUCUGAGCCUGUCCUCAACGUACAAGAGACGCGUAAUGCACCUAUCAAUGUUAAGCCCCAGAGGGAGGGGGUCGGGCAUAGGUGGGGCAUUUGACUUUUUGAGCAAAUUUUCAAUCAAAUGCCCCACCGUCGGGCAAUAAAUAUCGGUCAAAUGCCCCACUAAUUUGCAAUAAAUUGCAAUAAAUACUAUAUUAAUAAAGGUUAAUUGGUUCAAAUUGCCCCAACUUGGGGCCAAAAUGCUGAUCAAAAUCCCCAGGGUGGGGAUGCAAUUGAUGAUCAAAUACCCCACAUAUGCCCGACCCCCCCCCCCUCUGGGGGUUAACAUUGAUAGGUGCAUAAAUAUCAAAGCUUCUAAUCUAGUAACUCUCUCACUGUGGCUAUGUUUUGAUGAAAUUCCAAGGGAAAUACACGCUUGUUUGCUCACAAAUUAGAAUUUAUAGUUACUUACAAAAGAGAAAGUAGCCGUCGUAAAUGGAAGAGUUGCAGUCGUUUGCGACGGGCGACGGCUUAUUUUGAAACCACUGCAGGUCCAAUUAAUAAGGUAGGUGUCAUCAAUUGAACCGAAGGCAAGAUUGAUAACACUUACCAAGACCUUGAUAAUGGGUUAUUUAUGGAUUAUCAUAAAAAACAAAUGCAGUAACUGUUUAACCCAUUAAGCGCCAGCGCUCUCCCCUUGAUGACUAAAAUCGUCUGGCGUUAGACAGAGUAAAAUACUAAAGUAGGGUGCAUCAGGGUGCAAUGCAACUCAAUCAAUGGGUUAACUAGACACAUGGGCAGAUAGGCCAGUUAACCCAUUAAGCGUCAGCGCUCUCCCCUUGACGAGUAAAAUCGUCUGGCGUUAGACAGAGUAAAAUACUAAAGUAGGGUGCAUCAGGGUGCAAUGCAACUCAUUGGGUUAAUCAGUUAUACAUUGCAUUUUUAUAACUCUUUGACAAACAAUAAUUUGUUUCACAAAACUAUGUUUGGUGAAAAAAAAGGCCGCGAGCAGUAAAAACAUUAUUAAAAAUCUCACAAUAACAUAAAAAUAUUAGAAAUCUCAUUUAUCUACUAAAAUGCCAAUAAGAUAUCAAAUAAAUCUGCUUUUUGCACAAAAAGUAUUAAGAAAAUGCUGUUCGUUCAUAUUGUUUUUUCCUGUACGUUUCUAUUCGUGCACUGCCUCGUACCCAGGCGCUUUGAAUCGAUCAAAUUAAUCCACACGCCCAUGCAAGCCAUAGAACAACACAUAGCGCCUGGGUACGAGGCUGAUUCAUGCAUGUAUAUUUAAACUUACCGCUGGCUCAACCUACAUAUAACUCAGUCAUCAACUGGCAGAUAACUGAGUUAUGUGUUGUUUGUGUGAUACCAUAUUUGUAAACUAUUAAUGAAUCAAAACGCAUGCAUCGACUAGGAUGUAUACUAAACACAUAAUCAAACUAUUAACAUAUUGCAAUACUAUAAUGUAAUUAUCGUACCUCAUCUGAGUUGUUGGAAUCAUGUCACUUCAUUAAUAAACACCUGACCACUCCUGGCUGACCAGUAAUGCACCUAUCAAUGUUAACCCCCAGAGGGGGGGGGGCAUAUGUGGGGUAUCUGAUCAUCAAUUGCAUCCCCACCCUGGGGAUUUUGAUUAGCAUUUUGGCCCUGAGUUGGGGCAAUUUGAACCAAAUGACUGUUAUUAAUAUAGUAUUUAUUGCAAUUUAUUGCAAAAUGGUGGGGCAUUUGACCAAUAUUUAUUGCCCGACGGUGGGGCAUUUGAUUGAAAAUUUGCUCAAAAAAUCAAAUGCCCCCCCUACUCCCCCACCCCCUCUGGGGCUUAACAUUGAUAGGUGCAUAAUGCACCCAUGAGCUAUACACAGAGGGACUGGAGGGGUUAUAUUUGGGGGGAAUUAUAUUUGCAAUGGUGGAAUAUAGUUGGCGUUUACGGGAGUGGGGGGCUUAUAUUCAGGGGGCUUCAGAUGACCCCCCCACACACACACACCCAGUAUCUUGAACAUCACGAAUAAUGGCCUUACCAAUUUGUUCGCAGCUCUGUUCACCCCGGGCGUUCUGUGAGCGCGUUCGCGAUCAGAUCAAAACAUUGUAGUAUACAACGACGUGUCGACAUAUAAACACUCCUUUAGUUUAAUCUAUAUUUCUUUUUACAAAUUUUAUCUCUUACACUGUUUAUAAAUAGACAAAACACUGAUCAACAACGACGUCCCUGCGCCCACGGUCUAUAUCUCUUGUACGCUACUUCAUGUCACUACGCAUAUAAAUCAUGCAUAUUACAUUACCGUAUUUACUCGUUUAAGCGCCGCGGCGCUCUUUAAAUUUUUAGAGCUUCAGAUGCGGCGCUCAUUGGCGGCGCUCAAUCGGGGGUGGCGCUCUUUAAAAAAUAUUUUAUUUGUGAAUUAUGACAAGAACUUUUAACUAUAAAAUAGACAAGUUUUAAAAGGUUUUUGUCACUAAAUGUCCCAAUUUUGACGCGGAAAGUUUUCACACUGUUUAGUGCGGCGCUCAUUCGGGGGCGGCGCUCUCUUAAAAAAAUUGAUCUCAAAUGCGGCGCUCAUUCGGGGGUGGCGCUCAAUCGGGGGCGGCGCUCAAUCGAGUAAAUACGGUACUCUCUCUGCAUUACUCUUAGCCUGCGUUCCCUUGGGCCUGCACGCAGGCUACAUUACUCUCUCCUUUAGCGGAGAGCGUCCUCGAUCUCAACAUCCAUUAAGCUGUUCAUUAAAUCAUAGUCUUGAUAUCUUUCAAACUGUCUGCCAUUACGUGCUGAGCAACGUAAAGGAGCCCAGAGCCGGUUCUACAAGUGUACCUGCAGGGAUUUCUUGAAGUACAGUAUCCCUGGCUCGUACGUAGUCGUAUCCGGUAAUCCGGCUGUUUUUCUUCGGGUCUUUCAAUGCAAUUACCUCUUGAUUAUUUCUUGUCCAACUUAAGACGGUUUCGCCCGUUUCGGUAUACCACGUUUCCUUUUCCAGUCCCAGAUUCAAGUUUAAUAUGAGAAUUCUGAACUAUUCAAGUUACCCAGGCGAGUGAGGCGACCUAGAUUCGCUAGAACCACGUAAAGCUCCAGCCCACUGAAAAUUGGUGGCUCAAUCCCUAUAAUUGGGACUGCUUGGUUAUUUAACCAUACCCGAUCGCCCUCCUUUAACUCAGUACUUUUGUCUGUUUUGUGUUGCCGAUCGUAAUUCUUCUGCUUCUGUUGGGCAAGACUUAUACGGCGAGAAAUUAUGUUAUGCACAUGUUUCAGCGUGUCCUGUAACUCAUCACUAUAGUCAGUGCUGUAGAACUAAAUUUACCAGCGGGGAAGCUCUCUUGACGAGCGUGAAGCCGUGAAAUAUUAAUCGUAAAAAAAAUGUGAAGUCAUACGAUGACCAGGGGUGAGCCUGAUACGAUGACCAGGGGUGACCAGCGGUAAACCUAUAGCCCUUACCGCGGCGGCAUUUUUUGAUUGGGGGGAGGGGGGAGUAGCGAACGCCAAAGGCGUAAGCCUUCUGGGACCGGGGGACUGGGGAUGCGGCAAAUUUUGAAAUCUGAGACUUCACAGAGGCCCGGAAAUGCAAUAAAACCUGCUAAUUUCUCUUAAAAAAUUCUUGAACGACUCUUAAGCCUGCCGCACACGAGAGCAACCUGCUGAGCUAACCGCCUCGAGUGGCGGCUAGCUCAGCUAUGUAUUUUCACCGCACACGUUGGGAAAACUACUCAACAACAACAUAUUAAUUGACAAAAUCAUUUGCAUUUUUCUCCAUUUUGUUCCAACUGACCAGGGCCGUAGCGAGGGGGUAUUGGGGGGGGGGGUUAACCCCCCCCCCCAACUUUUGUAGAAUUGACAUAUUCGGAAAAUCGGGUUGGCCAUUCGGAAAAUUACGGCAAUAAUAGUAUAACAAUACUUUAGUUGUUUAAACAGAGAAAAUAUUAUAAAUUGGUAUUAAUUGUCAGUAUAAACCAAUGGUAUAAACUGAUUUACGAAAUCACGGCAUUUACAUGGAUAACGUAAAACGAAUCGUAAAUCAGUAAAUGUUUUUCGGUUUAUUACUUCUCAGGGCCGUAUAAGUCGGGGGGAUGGGGGACUGGGGGCAACAGCCCUUACAAUAAUUUGCUGAUAAUCAUUCUUUUUUUAAAAGCAUGCACAACUUUAUCAUUUAAAUAAUAUACCUUUAAAAUACUGACAAUAGACUAGAGGUGUGCAUCGGAUCGGAUUGGACGUUUAUAAUCCGACGAUUGCCUAAUGUUUAACUGAAUCCGAUCCGAAAUUGUCUAAUCCGAAUCCGAUUCGUGUUUUGAAAAAGAAUUCCGAUCCGAUCUGAAGAAUUCUUUAAUAAAAUAAAUUUCUCAUUCAAGUUGAAAUAUUUAAGCAAAUAAAUAUAAAAGCAAGAAAUACAUAUCAAGAAGGUUACAAAGUGACGUUCAAUCGAACUUGAUCAAACGAAUAAUGCAGCGACAACCGCGAUGAUACUUUGAUAAAUGCAUGGAUAAUUAAUUCUUGCGAAAAUGCUGGAUAUUUUUAUUUAAAAUUCAUUUUAUUUCGGAUAUCGAAGUCCGACCGAUCCGACUACGAAACAACUUUAUAUCAAUCCGAUCCGAAAUGAAUAUUUUGGUUCCGAAGUCCGAACGAAUCCGAUCGGAUCGGUUUCGGAUCGGAUUUGCACACCUCUACAAUAGACCUUUCCCUUUCUGAGUGAAAUUUUGAUCUAGACAAGUCUGGACAAAAAUUUCAUCACAUGCAGCUUGAAAGAGAAUCACAAAAUUAGUAAUAUUCCGAAGUUUCGUUUCGAUAUGUUGUAAAAUGCGGAUAAUAUAGCCUUGCGUAGUUUGCCGUUUUUCAGUCAUUUAUUUUGCAUUACAAACGGGAAAUUGAUAAUCAGAUGAUCAAUUCCAUUUGUAAUGCAAAUUGACUGAAAAACGGCAAACUUUGUAAGGCUAUACCGGGUGGCCCAAAAAAAAGUACUCCGGUUUGAUUCGAAAUAACUUCUAAACAAGUAAAGCUUUUAAAGAGAAAUAACUUGCAUCAAAUAGAGGAAGGACUAACUUAGAUUUUGAUAUAUUACAGUUGUAUUUCACUUAAAAAUUCACGGAGAUAUUAAUGUUUAAAAUCGGGAGCAUAUUUCUUGAUGUGUCUGCAAUAUGCCAAAAACAGCGUAUCAAAUAUUAAUCAAGAUUUACCCGACUGAAACAUGCACUAUUACCUGUAAAUAAAUGACACUUGACAAAUUGUUUAUUAUGAAACAAAGUAUUAUUAUCUACAAAAUACAAGCAAGAUUUAUGCGUCCGAAAUCCGCGUGUGUUCCUAGCACGAAUACGUUUCCUUAUUUCAUGAGACCACUGCAUCGCGAAGGAUCGUCAUGGAUCGUUCGUAGUUCUGAAUUAGGGCACGCUGUCACAUUGGAAUUGUGAAUUUUCUCACUUCACAUUGAAUGAAUUUUCUAACUUCUGCAACGUUCUGAAAUCUUGUUAAGAACACCCAAACUCUUUUGCCUUUCUUAAUCUUGGCAAGUUCAGAAUAAACUGAGAAUGAAACACAAUCAAACCAUACAACUCCAUAUAUAAGUAAAGACAUAACAAGCAACUCCCCAGAGACAUCCAACAUUUUUGGAACAAAACGUAACAAAAUAGUAUCUUUGAUACUGUGAUGUGUAUUUGCAAAAAGCAAUAAUAUUUCCUCCAUUAAAGAACAAUAUUCAUCCUGCUCUAACCGAGAAAUAAUCAACUUUGUUUUGAACCCAUGAAAAACAUAAAAAAUAGGUUAUUUAAGAAAAAUUGAAGCGCCUGCCUUGCAUGGUCUUUCAUGUACCUUAAGUUUGCAAAGACCUAUUAAAUACUUACAUAAUUUCGAACGUCCAUAUUUCAGGAAACAAUGAGUUAAGACUUACAUGUAUGAUGUCUAAAUCUACGCCAUAUCCCUUACAAACCCUAACGACAAUUCGCUGAAAUACAAGUUACCCUGAUAUGUCAUUAAGCAAACAAACGCUGGAGUUAAAAUUUGAUACGCCGAUGUUCGCUAAUUUUAGACACAUCCCAAAAUAUGCUCCCGAUUUUGAACAUUAAUAUCUCCGUGAAUUUUUAAGUAAAAUGCAACUGUAAUAUAUCAAAAUCUAAGUUAGUCCUUCCUCUAUUUAAUGCAAGUUACUUCUGUUUGAUAGCUUUACUUGUUUAGAAGUUAUUACAAAUCAAACCGGAGUACUUUUUUUUGGGCCACCCGGUAUUAUCCGCAUUUUACAACAUUUCGCAACGAAACUUCGAAAAGUUACUAAUUUUGUGAUGCUCUUUCAAGCUGUGAUGAAAUUUUUCUCCAGGCUUAUCUAGAUCAAAAUUUUACUCAUAAGGGGAAAUUUAAUUUUAAGCGGCUACAUUAUCCAUGACAAACCGCAAAGAAUCAUAUUACCCAUACUCUUCCCUGCAAUAUAUAGUUAAUUAAAUACGCCUUCGCCCAUUUAGUUCUACUAAAUUGUAAGCAAAUUGUAAAUUUCGACAUACUAAAACUCUAUUAACAACUUGAACCGACUUGACAUGCACGUAGCUCAGUUGGCAGAGCAUUGAAAUAGUAUCCCAAAGGUCGCGGGUUUGACUCCCACCGUGGACAAGCAAACUUUUCAGCUUGCCCGCUGUGGAUGCAUACUCAGAGUAACAUCACAUAUAUAUACUAAAACUCUGUUUUCUGACCAUCAGAAUUGUGUCAAAACUUCCCCCAAAGUCCAGGAAAUGGCAUUUCAGAGGGUCAAAAUUAAAAAAUUUUCUCGGGCCUUCGGCCCUCGUUCCCAGCCCCAAUAAAAAAGAGCUUCCUACGGCGCUACAUGCUUCUGUAAUACGUCUUUGCGUAAACUAUGUGUAUUUUUGUUUGUAAAUUGCAUCUUCAUUUUCUGGAUAGCAAACACCUUCGUGGCUUCGUAUGCCAUGAAAUAUUCGGAAUUUUUUUUCGUCAUUCAGAACACCCCAACUAUACAUGCUAGCUACGGCCCUGUCCAACUCACAUGAAGAAACUAUGGUUUUUCAUUGGCUAAUUGAUUCAAGCAACCCAGCACUAAGCUCACAGCACUAUUCGCAGACGCUGAGAUAUUUUCCUCGCGAGGUGAAAAAUAUCAAACACGAUAGAUAUUUUUCUCAGCGCUGUAAAUACUCGUUAUUGUAGACCUUUCACCUUAUGAGUGAAAUUUUGAUCUAGAUAUGCCUGGACAAAAAUUUCAUCACAGCUUGAAAGAGCAUCACAAAAUUAGUAAUAUUCCGAAGUUUUGUUGCGAAAUGCUGUAAAAUGCGGAUAAUAUAGCCUUGCGAAGUUUGCCAUUUUUCAGUCAUUUUGCAUUACAAACGGGAAAUUGAUAAUCAGAUAAUCAAACUGAUUAUCUGAUAUCUAAUCUCCCAUCAGUUUGUAAUACAAAAUGACUGAAAAACGGCAAACUUCGCAUGGCUAUAUUAUCCGCAUUUUACAACAUUUCGCAACGAAACUUUGGAAUGUUACUAAUUUUGUGAUGCCCUUUCAAGCUGUGAUGAAAUUUUUGUCCAGACUUGUCUAGAUCAAAAGUUCACUCAAAAGGGGAAAGGUCUAUUGUAACGCGUUACUGUGUACUCGUUACAUUUGAAGUCAACUUUCAACUUUUUUUUCCAACUUUUCAACUUUUAAUAAUAACAAUUAUAAAUUACAUAUAUUUACAGCUUGCCCUGCAAAUAACUAUAGAGUUAAUCGAGGCAGGGCAAGUAGGUAGUAUUUUAAAUAUAAGAUAUAAAGUAUCUACAAUAGUUAUACACAUAUGUGAUAUGUAAUAUAAAGUAAUAAAGAGCAUACUACAGCAGACUGAGCUUAGAUCAGGAUUGUCACAACUGUUUUGACUUAACAAUAAUGGGAUUAUUUCUAUAUUGUACAAUAUUUAGUGUACAUUACUGAAAGUAAGAAUAGCGUACUGUAAGUUACCCAUGCAACAGUAGAAAAUAUGAAAUUCUUAAUAUCUAUAGUUUUUAAUUUUUUCAAUUAUCAUGGGGAUUUGAAUGUAGUCAUCUUCUUUUUCCAAUAUUUUAAAUAGAAUUUGUUGAAUGGUCCUUUUAAAUAAAUUCUUAGAUAGGUCACUUACAUGGCAUGGUAUCUCAUUCCAUAGUUUUACUCCAAGCCGUCAAACAGAAUACUUUUGUGUGUUUAGUCUAGAACUUUUUACAUAAAACUUUUCUGAAGUAUAUGAUCCUGUACUGUGUAAGUGAAUAGUGGACGAUUUCUCGAAUAAGUUUAAUAUAUUUUGAGGUGCUUUUCCAUUAUUUAAAUCGUGCAAUAAACUCGGUAUAGUUUCAUAAUAGAGAAAGGUCACCGGUAAAAUAUGAGCAUCAAGAAAUAGGGGGACUGCGUGAUCACAUUUAUCCGCAAAAAAAAGUAACGAAAAACGUAAUUAAUUACAAAAGCAAGGAACGUGCUCCUUUUUCAAGGGGCAAAUUGAAAAUUCCUUUUCUUAUUUUGUUAAAAAUAAGAAAUAAAAAAUACAACGUUGCGACAAAAAUACAGAAAAAUGGCUGAAAUAAUUUUCAACGAGAUCACAUGACGUGAUAGCCUACAUGAAGUACUGUUUAUUGCGAAAGUGGAACCACAAUUUAUUCCGAGGCUCAGAGCACCAAAUAUUGGCAAAUAAAGUUUUAAGUUUACAUGCUUCGAUUUGCAUGUCAAAUGUUUUAAUAUAUUGAAAUAUCAUCUUGAUAAAUUCUUGCAAAUUUCAUAGUUUAUACCGUUUUUAUUUACAACUACUGUUCAAGAUAUUGUCUUAUAAUAUAUAUAGUAACAAUUUGCCGGUAAAGGAAUUUGUAAUUAAUUCCUUUUUUCCGCAGUAAUUUUUUCAUUGAACUUAAUUACAUUUUAGAACAAGUAAUUGUAAUCAGGAAUUUAUUACGUUUUAAAGCAAGUAAUUGUAAUUGGAAUUAAUUCCUUUUUCAGUGAUAAUUUUGCAGCCCUGAUUUUCCUCAAGGCAUCGAGAGGUCAAAUCCUCACGAAAACUAUCCGCACACCAGCCUAGACCUAGGCCUUCUAUUUUUAUUUAUAUUUUUUUAAUAUUCCGCGCUUUUUCACAUGAAAAAGACUGGGACUCGGUGAUUUGGGGACGGGGCGGAGGAAGGACACAAGUCUGACGCAAGCGAAAAAAUAGAAGGCCUAGUGGAUUUCCCAACAACAGGGCCAAAACUGCCCUGAAGCUGCCCUGAUUGCGAAAUGCCCAAUUGCUGCGUUCUCAAAAGAAUUAUUUGCAACUUAACAGCGAAUUUAAACCGAUACAGGUAAAGUAAACUCAUUUAUAGUAUAAACUUACUAUUUUUAUUUGUAUACACGUCUAGAAAAUCGGGGUUUUUAUCAUAAAGUUUGAAGCAACACUAUUUAUAUAUGUUGACAAGGUGCAGCGAAACGGCACAAAAUAAUAAUUCUUUUAUUCGCAAGACAAUCUACUGUUUUGCUUUGAAUAACUAUAUUUGCGAAUUGGGAAUGAGGAUUUUGAAAUUAUUGUUCAAAUAUUACGGAUAUACCAUUUGUUAACAAUGUACAUUUUGAUAUACAGUACUGUACGGGCUAAUAAUAUAUGUAUCCGUUUUAUUUUGUAUAUUUUACAAACACAAGACUGCUUCUUGCCAAAAUUGAGAAAAUAUAUAUUAAUAUAGUUGUGUAUAAGACAAAAUUUCAUGAAAGAUUCUACUUUUGGUAUAUAUUUUGACUCAUUUUGUGCUUUCGCUACACCUUGUCAACAUAUUAAAUAAUAGUGUUGCUUCGAACUUUAUGAUAAAAACCCCGAUUUUCUAGACGUGUAUACAAAUAAAAAUAGUAAGUUUAUACUAUAAAUGAGUUUAUUUUACCUGUAUCUGUUUAAAUGGGCUAUUCCAUUUAAUAUCCGUACCCCCCACUGUCGAGGAUACAUGUUUUUCAUAGUUAUACCCCUAAAGAAUUCCAAGCUCGAAAUGCUUUACCCCUGAAGAAUCCAAGCUCAAAACACUCUACCCCUGAAGAAUUCCAAACUCAAAACACUUCACCCCUGAAGAAUUCCAAACUCUGAAAAAUUUCCAUCUCAAACCUCUUUACCCCUGAAGAAUUCCAACCUCAAAACCUUUACCCCUGAAGAAUUCCAAACUCAAAACACUUUACCCCUGAAGAAUUCCAAACUCUGAAAAAUUUCAAUCUCAAACCUCUUUACCCCUGAAGAAUUCCAAGCUCGAAUCCUUUACCCCUGAAGAAUUCCAAACUCAAAAUCCUUUACCCCUGAAGAAUUCCAAACUCAAAACACUUUACGCCUGAAGAAUUCCAAACUCAAAACACUCUACCCCUGAAGAAUUCCAAGCUCAAAAUCCUUUACCUCUGAAGAAUUCCAAGCUCAAAAUCCUUUACCCCUGAAGAAUUCCAAGCUCAAAAUCCUUUACCCCUGAAGAAUUCCAAGCUCAAAUCCUUUACCCCUGAAGAAUUCCAAGCUCAAAUCACUUUACCCCUGAAGAAUUCCAAACUCAAAACACUUUACCCCUGAAGAAUUCCAAACUCAAAACACUUUACCCCUGAAGAAUUCCAAGCUCAAAAUCCUUUACCCCUGAAGAAUUCCAAGCUCAAAAUCCUUUACCCCUGAAGAAUUCCAAGCUCAAAAUCCUUUACCCCUGAAGAAUUCCAAGCUCAAAUCACUCUACCCCUGACGAAUUCCAGGUAUCCUCGACAGGGGGGGUACGGAUAUUAAAUGGAAUAGCCCAUUGCCCAAGUACAAGUUGAUUGAAUUUUGGUGACAUUUUGAUGAAAAUUGAAUAAAAAAUCAGCGAAAGUUUGUCUCGCUUUGCCUGGCAGAGUUGACUGAAUGCGUUAUUGGCCAAUUGUAUAAUUAUGCAUGAUAUAUAAUUUAAUUCGCUGCCGGAGGUAUGCAGUUGUUGCCUGGCUUUUUGCAUUUUGUUUUCUGCAUGUCCAUUUUUUCCUGCAUAAAUUGCAUGUUUUUUUAUUAAAACAGUCUAUAAUUUUGUUCAAAUUGUUUUGGCUAUAGAAAGCCGAGACAAAACAAGAAAAAAACACCACUGAAAGAUCCAAACUAAGGCAGUGUUGCACAGGCCACAGUUUCUACAGUGCAUUAUUACGUUAUAAUGCACGCAUAUUAGCUAAUGAAAUUGCCUGUUAUAUCCCACUUAUAUUAUAAUGAGUUUUAUGUUUAUUUUUGUUCAGAUGUGAUUGGUGUUUGUUCACAUACGUUUGAGCUCUUGGAACAGGUCAGGUCUGGUGAACAGGUCAGUUAAACCAAACAUAGGGACUUGAAAGAUGUUACUUGCACUUCACAUGAUUGAACUAGAAUGCUGGGUUUGGUGGAUAAUCUACGUGGGCAUAUAUAUAUACAGAAUGUAAGACCUAUUAAUGCUAUAUAUAACGUAGACGCCAUCAUAACUCUAUCAUGUUUCAUACCAAGACAUGCAUGUCAGACUUUCACACAUACUGACUUCAUUACGGCUUGAAAAAGUCAUAUUGUACCAGCAAAAAGUAAGUACGCAGGUAACAUGAGUUCCGCGCACCUGCAUGGUACGUGGCUAAAAAAAGAAUUACCGGACCGUAGUAUUGGCGUCGUUCAUCGCAUUCUGAAAUUCAUUACACACUUUGCACCGUGCGUAAAUCGCGGGUUUUUGUUAAAAGUCGCAGGUUCUGCUGGAACUCUGCUUUCUUCGCACAGAGAAUGUUGACAGGGUUCUUUAAGAUUCAUAGACUCACGAUCUUCAGAUAUUCCGCUCUCCUCCUUUGAGGAAUGUUGACGGAUGUUGUAGAGUAGGAGUAACUUGACGACCACAUCAGCUACAUUAAAUACAUGUUUAAAUAAAUUUCUCUUCUUGGUGUAGAUUUCUAAACGUGAUAUCACAUUAGUGGACCAAACCGCUCAUGUCAACUGUACACUUUGGCGGAAAGAGGUAAGACAUUCCUCCAAUUUUUUACUAAUUGUAUAUUUCUGUUACUUGUAUUUUUCUGCCAAGAGGGUCUACAUUGUAUAGUAAAAAUUCACACUCGAAAUUUCUAUGUACAAAACCCUUCUACAUUUAGUUAUAUCGAGUGUCGAUGGGCAAAACCCUGGUAUUUACAAUACCUAUAAGUCUUACUUUGCAUUUAUGCGUUAUAAUUUUCACCUAUUUUUAUAUCUCUCUAAGGCGGAAGACUUUGAUCAGUAUCGUGGCUCAAAUCCAAUUGUUGCAAUCAAAGGAGUUAAAGUUUCGGCUUAUGGCGGUAAGAGAAUGUUGCAUAUAUUGGACACGCUUGCCCCUGCACAGAAAUUGUGGAUGCGGUUGUCCCCACUUUACCCGUUACUCACAGGGAACGAUUUCUUGUUUCAGGUCGUUCGCUAAGUUUGGUUUAUUCAAGUGUGAUGCAUGUUAACCCAGAAAACCUACAAGAAGCAUUGUUUCUCCGUAGAUGGUACGUUAUUUUAAGAUGA